CAGCCCGCGCCGCUCGCGGUGCAGCGCCGGCGGCCGGGCAGGGGUGCCCGGGCCGGAGCCGGGGCAUGGAGAGCCUGCUGGAGAACCCGGUGCGCGCCGUCCUCUACCUGAAGGAGCUCACGGCUAUCGUGCAGAACCAGCAGAGUCUCAUCCACACCCAGCGCCAGCGCAUCGACGAGCUGGAGCGGCGGCUGGACGAGCUGAGCACCGAGAACCGCAACCUCCGCGGGCAGCAGCCGGCUUCGGCUGAGCCGCCGGCGGCUCCCGCUCAGACCCAGGGGCCCCCGCCCGAGCAGCCCCCGCUGCCGCCUCCGCCGCCGGCGGGGCAGCCAGACCCGCUCCAGCACCACCAACAGCUCCCGGCGCAGCAGCCGCCGGCGGCGGCGGCAGGCAAGCAGGCACCGGCGGGCCCCGGCGGCGGCGGCCGGGCUGCCGGCCACCAGCACCCUCCUCUCCAGCCCCACCAGCACCCCGCGGAGAAAGACGGUAGGGAGAAGGGCUGCUGCGCCGCUCUGCUCCAGCACAAGACCCCCCAGGCCAUCGGCAAAGGCGUCCUGAGCCGGAGACCGGAGAAUGAAACUGUUUUACACCAGUUCUGUUGCCCAGCAGCUGAUGCAGAGCAGAAGCCUUCAUCUCCAGACUCCUCACCAAGUGACGAUCCCAGCGGGUCGACAAGCAAGAGAGACGGGUGUGAAACAGAGGAUCCAGAGGCGGCCGGCAGCCAGAGUGGCCAGGAGGGCAGGUCCGGCACCCUGACGCUCAAAGGGCAGCCCGCGGAGCUGGGAGAAGAGCAGGCGGCCGGGGGGCCCCCUCUGGUGCAGAAGGCGAGCCUCCACCACACGGGCUCCCCCGUCCGAGUGCAGCGCAGCAAGGGGACGGCCUCGUGUUCCCAUGCGGCUGCCUCCGACUAUGAGCUCUCCCUUGACCUAAAGAAUAAACAGAUCGAAAUGCUAGAGCACAAGUACGGUGGCCACCUGGUGUCUCGGCGGGCAGCCUGCACCAUUCAGACUGCCUUCAGGCAGUACCAGCUCAGCAAGAACUUUGAGAAGAUCCGCAACUCGCUGCUGGAGAGCCGCAUGCCGCGCCGCAUCUCCCUCAGGAAGGUCCGCGUCCAGAACUCGGAGAGCUUCUCUGCCGAGAAGGCCCUGGUGGAGGGCUACAACUUCGUGGGCAUCCCGUUGGUGAGGUCCCCCUCAUUGCCAGCCACCAUCAGCGGGGCUCUUACUGAGCUGGAGGACUCCUUCACGGAACAAGUUCAGUCUCUGGCUAAGUCUAUCGAUGAUGCCCUCAGCACCUGGAGCCUGAAGACCAUGUGCUCGCUGCAAGACGGAGGCUCAUAUCAGAUCAGGGAGACCUUCAGUGCUAGCUCAGUGCAGCCAAACCAAGACUUAGAAGCUGAGCUGCAGGACAAGGAGAAGGAGGAAGGGCUCCUGCCAGAUACUCUGCCCAAGAGCAGCAGCACUCUCAUGAUGGCUUUUCGAGAUGUCACAGUCCAGAUCGACAACAAGAACAUCUCUGUCUCGUCGUCUACCUCGGUGUCCAUGGCAAACUGCCUCAGCAACAAUGCCCAGGCUGAGCUCUCUCAAGCUGCCAAAGCUGAAGAAAGCCCAGGAGAAAGGGAAGGAGAAGCCACUGAACCACCUGCUGCCCCAGAAAGCUUGCCUGAGCCUGGAACUCUCCAGAACAGCCACACUUUCACCGAGGUGGAUGUCAGCACUAACGGCACGGGGGACAGCAGCGCUGAGCCUGGGCAGAUGGCAGUGCAGAAGCUGCAGCUUGACUCUAGCAAUGAGACAGGGCAAAACAAAGGCUCUGAGUCUGAGAAUGCAGACAAUUCAGAGCAGCUGAGCAGCAGCAGCACCUCCACUUCAGCCAAGUCAGCCUCUGAGGUGUCCUCCAAAGAAGCACUGCAGGCCAUGAUCCUCAGCCUCCCCCGGUACCACUGCGAGAACCCAGCUAGCUGCAAGUCCCCCACCCUUUCCACAGACACCAUGAGGAAACGCCUCUACCGCAUCGGCCUCAACCUCUUCAAUAUAAACCCAGACAAAGGGAUCCAGUUCCUGAUAUCCCGAGGCUUCAUCCCUGACACCCCCAUCGGGGUGGCACACUUCCUGCUCCAGCGGAAGGGGCUCAGCCGCCAGAUGAUUGGGGAGUUCCUGGGCAACAGCAAGAAGCAGUUCAACAGGGAUGUCCUGGACUGCGUGGUGGACGAGAUGGACUUCUCGGGCAUGGAGCUGGACGAAGCCCUGCGGAAGUUCCAGGCCCACAUCCGUGUGCAGGGGGAGGCACAGAAGGUGGAGCGGCUCAUCGAGGCUUUCAGCCAGAGGUACUGCAUGUGUAACCCAGAUGUGGUCCAGCAGUUUCACAACCCAGACACCAUCUUCAUCCUGGCCUUUGCAAUCAUCCUCCUCAAUACGGACAUGUACAGCCCAAACAUCAAACCUGACAGGAAGAUGAUGCUGGAGGACUUCAUUCGCAAUCUAAGAGGGGUGGACGAUGGUGCUGACAUCCCGCGGGAGCUGGUGGUGGGGAUCUAUGAGAGGAUCCAGCAGAAAGAGCUAAAAUCCAAUGAGGACCAUGUGACUUAUGUCACCAAAGUGGAGAAGUCCAUAGUUGGAAUGAAAACGGUCCUGUCCGUGCCCCACCGCCGGCUGGUCUGCUGCAGCCGCUUGUACGAAGUGACUGAUGUCAACAAAGUGCAGAAGCAGGCAGCUCACCAGAGGGAGGUUUUUCUCUUCAACGACCUGCUGGUGAUCCUCAAGCUCUGCCCCAAGAAGAAAAGCUCCUCCACGUACACCUUCUGCAAGUCGGUCGGCCUGCUGGGGAUGCAGUUCCAUCUGUUUGAGAAUGAAUAUUACCCCCAUGGCAUCACACUGGUGACUCCAGUUUCAGGCUCAGAGAAGAAGCAGGUACUACACUUCUGUGCUCUCGGUGCUGAGGAAAUGCAGAAGUUUGUGGAAGACCUGAAAGAGUCAAUAGCAGAAGUGACAGAGCUGGAGCAGAUACGAAUUGAGUGGGAGCUGGAGAAGCAGCAAGGGGCAAAGACUCUCUCCUUAAGGACCAAUGGAGCCCAGAUGGAACUCCAGUCUAAGCAAGGCUCUCCAACAGGCAAGAAGGAUUUGGGGGAGAAGGUCUCGGACAGCACAGUGGAGGUGUCAAUUCACAACAGGCUUCAAACGUACCAGCACAACUCCACCCCGGGGCCCGAGAGUGGGAUGCAGCCCAGCACGCGUCUUAGCGCGCCACGAGAGCGGCUGGAGACAGCACUGGUGCCCUCGCACCCCGCCUCGGCGGGGACGCUUGUACAGUGCCAGCAGAUUGUCAAAGUCAUCGUCCUGGACAAGCCCUGCCUGGCUCGGAUGGAGCCGGCCCUCAACCAGACUCUGACACGCUACGUCACCUCCGACUCCUGCACCUCCACCCCCUGGCGCGGUGUGGGCAGCGGGCUCCCCGGGACCCCCGUGAAGCUGGUCCAUCAGCCCCCCCUCCCACCUCCUCCACCUCCUUACAACCACCCUCACCAGUAUUGCCCCCCUACCUCCCUGCUUCAAAGGCGCAGGUACUCCAGUGGCUCACGCAGCCUGGUGUAGCCACACCACCAGCACCAAAACAGCACAGACUUCCCUGCUUCCCGUCCCCACCGCCUCCCAGGGAACCUUUCUGCCUACAGAGAUCUAGUUUGUGAUUUAUUUUUUAGUAAAAGAAGAAGAAAAGGAAAAAAAAACCAAAACCAGCCAACUGACCCACCUCUUGCCCUGUCUCCCCUCAAGAUGAUGCUAGUUGUGUGGGGCCCUCUCUAGAACCUGCCACUCUCCAUGCUCACGCACUCACGCCCUGCCAGCUCAGCUGGCCUCCUGUGCUCCUUUGUUGCCCUGUUCCCGAGAGGCUCGAUGACCUGCUGCUGUCUUCCGUUUGCUGCUCCUCAGCCUCCUUCCCUGCCUUGCAUUUACCUGGCCAUAGGUUUGUACCUACCCCAAAACUUCACCAGCCUCAGAGACAAACGAACUCACCAUUGCCAAGGACCAAGCUUGGGACACUCCCUGGGGGUGGAGUCCCCCCCUGCCACCACUGCUGCUGCCUGCUAAGCGGGAGCUGAGAACUUGCACCUCUUGCCAUGCUUUCUCCUCGUGGCUCUUCGGAUGUUAUCUCCUCACAGCAGCCUGUUCCAAGAGAAAGGAGCCCACGAGUCAAGGAGAGCUGGAGGGAGGAGGAGAGACUGGCUUGACCUGCAGCCCAAGGCGGAGGUGGCCUGGCUCUGAACACCAAACUCUUUCUGUGACAUUGGAGCAGCGUCCCCGGAGAGCUCCGCUGAGCCCCAGCAGGUCUGCUCCCCUGUAAAUACCCCUGUGGCAGUGCCUGUAUGGCACACGCUUACCGCCCAGCAGCCCCGGGGAGCACCAGGCAGGCACCAGCCCGGGGCUCUGUUCCAAAGAGGCGGCACCCAGCGGUGCCCUGCCACCUCAGCACACACACACACACAAAGAUUGUCUCCUCUAGCAUAAAGCAGCCCCACCUCUGCUUCCCUCCUAGCUGCUUCCGUGUUCCCUGCCCGCCUGCUUUUUUGUAUUCUGAAAGCAAAGCCCAGCCUGAGGUUCACCUUCUGGAGUGGAUGUUUCCUUUGCCUGGGCUCUUCCUCCUCCUCCUCCUCACCCAAGUGAGAUCCCAUCUGUGUCUCUUGCCUGGCUGUUAUUCUUGCCUCCAUCAGCCCCUCCUGUAGGAAAGCUGCUCAGAUGUCAGACUCCAAGGCCUCUUCUCUCUCCCUCAUUAUCCCAGCUUCAAAGAUCCUGAGAUAAAGAUGCCAGCUCAUCUCCUCUGCUGUAUUUGGGACAUUGAUGUGAAGGAAGGCAGCAAAAAAGAAAUGGGCUGGGGAUGUAUUUUUAGAAGGAAAAAAAUAUCUUUGAGCAGGAGUGGGAGGAAGGUAUUAAUUAGCUUAAAGGCUCUGGUCUCACUCAGUUACUUUAUCUCCCUUUGAGGCUUAAGAAGAUAAACUUCAGGAUUUUAAAAUAGGGCAGAAUGCCUCUUAGGCCUUUAUUUUGGUUUAUUUUAAGAGGGAAAGGUACAAAUGCUCCUCCUUCCUCUGCGAGGCUGAGACACUAGGUGCUGAGGACACAGCCACUGGGUGAGGAGGUGUUGGCAGGGGUGGGGGUGUGCAAAAUGUCAGGGGAAGGCAAGCAGUGAAAACAGAUGCAAGAAGCUUUUUUACCUUGUGGGGUAAAUGCUACGCUUGGAUGUCCUUAGGGAACAUGCCAGGAUGCUCAUCUCUGGGGAUAGUGCCAGUGCAUCAGGAACUGGUUCCCCUCUUUGGUUAUCUGCUGGCUCUACUGAAAGGUUCAGGUGAAAAGAGUUCACACAUCUGACCUGAGUGUAAGCCUAGCUGGGUGGGGGCUGGAGGGAAGGGAGAAGGAGACUGCUGACUCCUCUUGGUUCUGAGUCUGACCAUGCACCCCCGUGCAUGACUUAAGUCUUUCUAAGCUGUUUGUUUAGCUGCCUGGAGCAGGGCACUAGUCUGAUGCUUAUAUACACAGUAGCAAAUGUACUGAGUGGGAGCCAACAGGCAUAACCUCAGGGAGGGCUGCAGAGAAGACAGGAAAGAUUGUAAGAAAACCCUGAACAGAAGCCAAGACACCCUUUGGAGCAAAGGAGCUUUCUUCUAGCCAGCCACGCAGUGCAGCAAGGAUGCUCCACAUCUGAAAGCCACCCAGGGACAGGUUCUUACUCCAGGCCAGGGCUCAGCCCCCUCACCAGCCAGCUAUGAGGCAUAGCUGGCCUGAUCUGCUACUGGCUCCCUCAGAGGUGACUCCCUGCCACCUCAUGGCAGCCAGCACCUCCUCUGGCUCGGCUGGAGCUUCUUGGGAAAGCAGAGGUUUGCCAUUCACCAGUGUCUGCUCAAGCAGAGUGUGGCUCCCAUGUUAGUGUUUCUGACUGCUGCUGUGAGAGGAGUGGUGUCCAAGAGGGACUGGCACAGCCCUCCCUUUUCAGAGGUCACUUUGCUGUCCCAGAGGAAUGGUAGUACCUGGUUCCUUGGGCUUUGCUCCCAGGUUGCAGUGAGCCACUGGAAGCCUGUGUGUGUUUAAAAAGUACAUUUUACUUGAUACCUAACACCAAGUGACAACAACAAAAACCUGAAGGUACUCGAGGAUAUUCUUUUUUUUGGUAAAAUAUUCAUAUCAAUGCCCACAAAGUUCCCACAAGAGAGGUUUGCUGCUUAAAUAAUUGACUGGGAGAUGUACAAGAAGGCAAAGAGGAAGUCAGGAAGCUUCCCUGAGCUGUGCUGGAUGAAGGCUGGCAGCGAGUCAACUGGAGUGCCCAGGCAGCAAACUGGCUCCAUUUCCCUAGCUCUGCAGGGGCUAAUGCUGGCCUUCAGCUCUGGGCAGAGAAGCAAACAGAGCUAACCUUUGCAGCAGCAGCUCCCGUGGGCUUCAGCUGGAGAGACACCGAAGCGUUUCGCUGCAGCUUGCACUGAAGCCUGCCAUGUAGCCUGGCCCUUCAGACUCCCCUUCCGAGCAGGGAUGAUCUGUUUGCCUUCGAAGGUUGGUCUGGAAGGCUGACAAGCACCUUAAAGCAUGUCUGCACCUCAUCUGGUCUGUUGUAUUGUCUGCUCCCACAGCCCUCCCGUGCCCACACAAGACACAUAGGCUGAGUGUAAGUGUGCUGUGAGCAGACAGCCUUGCGCACAGACUGGUUGUGGAGGUGCAGGCUAAAAGGAGCCUUAGGUUGUCAGUGACAGCAUAGCAAAGGGCACAACGUGUGCUACAGCUCACCUGGAGGGACUAGCCCUGAGAAGAAUCACCAGCUCAUGACAGUUAUCCUGAUCAUGAACCUAGCACAAUUCCAGCUGGAGGGAUCAGGCAGGAAGCUGCUGCAGAGAUUAGACUGACCCAAACGAACCGGUGGCUUCUUACCUGCUGAAUUUGUGUCCUUCAGCAUCGAAACAAGAGGAGGGCAGAGAGGAAAGAGAAGCCCAGUAAAAAGUAUUCUGCAGUGAUCAUCAGGGAUCUGGCAGCCAAACAAGAAGAUGGUUCUGCUGGAUGGUGGAAGGGAGCAAGGUGUUGCUGAGGUCUACAGAGCUGCACUACACAAACUCUGCCCUGAUUCUCUCUUUCUUGUGCUAGUACAGAGCCAGUGAAAUUCCUCUCCUUAUACCACUAGCAAAGGGAUAGGGAAAAUGCAACAGGAGAAUCCAGCUUAGUGCCAACAGCAAGGGUUUAAUGUGGUGUUUGGUCUGCCGCUGUAGCACGUCUAAUGCCAUGGUCUGGGCUGCUGUGGUAGCAACACUUAGUGCUUUCUCCCAGGCCUCAGAAGCACCCUUCUGCUUAGAGUUUCUCUCCUCCUUGUAGAUGAUAGGUGUGGAUGUAGUCCACAUGGACACUCAGAACUUCUUUGCAGAAAGAUACAACCAAAUGUAGAAGUAUUUGAGGGCCUCCAAGCUGGAAGUUUGAGCAUUGCAUUUUCCAGAAGGCUCAGCCUGCAGCUAUCUGCACCCAUUCCUGGGCUUUCCAAAAUGAACCUGAGCCCUAAACUGAGGGAGCUGCUGCUUGGCAGAGUCUCUGCUUUGAAAUGCAAGUCGCUGAGCAAGCUCCACCGUCCCCCACUCCACCAGAUGCCUCCCUGUGCUCGUGUAGGCUCCCAGGACUGCUGGCAGUGUUUCACCAUCUAGAGCUGUCACCCUGCCUGCUCUUUCACAGCCGCGCCUGGGGCCGCAGCUGGAAGUCACUCAGCUCUUCAACACCAGUCGUGACCCCAUCUGAACGUGUCUGUUAAAAGCCAAACCACCUAGCAGCAGAAGUGUUACCUGUGUGUGGGCUUUUGCAAGCACCUGUCUGUCUGUACCUGCGUCCUGCUGUAAAUACCACCGAGGCAAGCUUCCUCUGGGCAAAGCGCCGUGCCCACGCCUAGCAGAGCCCAGCUGGCUCACGGUUUGUAACCCAGUGACAGGCACAGAUCAGAGCUGUUUUACCUGUUCAGCUAAUAGAGCUUAGAAAUUAUACUGAGACAUGUCACUUGUGCACCGAUCUCUUCUUUGCUGUGUCCCUGGGCUCCAGUGGCGUGUGGCAGCACGCGGGUGGCACGCCAAGGCUGUGCCCCAAAGGAGGGAUGGGUGUUGUGGCUUCCUGCCAGCCUCGGGGGCAGACCGCUGCAGCCACUGCUGGGUUUCAUCCAGUGCAGCAGGAGCUAACUCAGUGCUCAGGCUCUCCGAGGAUCAGAUCCAGAGCAAACUAGGAAGAAAUAAUCUUCUCCACCGGACAGCAACUCGGUGUGGAAUUCAGCCCUGUAGUGAGGCAGGGAGGAAAACGGUGAGGGAGAAAAGGCAAAGCCCUUCUGUGCUGCAGCUCCUUCCUUUCCAUCCUGCUGGCACUCAGCAGAGUUGGACCCAAGCCCUCCGUUCAUAUCCCCGUACCUCUGCAGCACGGGGCAGGAGGCCUCCACACCCGUGCAGAGUGCACACUGCUCUGCCUGUGCACCCUGGGACAAGCAGAGCGGCUUCACAGGCCACUUGUGCCAGUGCCCGCGUUGGACGCGACUGGCCACGGCGAAACUCCUGCAGCCAGAGCUGGCAGCAGGGCCCGUGUGCCAGUGCACACACCACCUACCAGCACGGGGGACUCCUCUGUGGCACCUCUGCUGCCCGUGCAGCGGAAGGGGCAGUGUGAAAUCAGCAGGCACGCACACAGCCGCGCACUGCCUGAGCAGGACGGCUGCUGGCCGCAGCUCCCAGCGCAUCUCGUCCCACCAGCCAUGUAGGCUCAGACUCGGUUCACACUUGGGUGAGAGACACGUAAGGACAAGCCCAUUUCUCACACAGAUCAGCUGUACCUGCGUAUUUCCACAGCAUAGCCCUUUGUGGAGUCCUGCACAGGGAUGAGAGAGGUGAUGGGAGGCAGACAGGUGCCUGCAGAACGAGCUCUCCCCUGCAGCGGAUGGGGGCAGGCAGCCUCCAGCUUUGCAGCCCAGGCAAAGAGUUGCUGGGUCCAGACUGCACCUGGCUAUAAUCCCCUGGCUAGAGGCUACAAAUUCUUUGCUGGCUUCAGAGAAUACUUAGAUCUCCAGGCCCAUGGUAAAACACUUAGGAGGACAGAAAACCCUCUGAGACAUGGACAGGAUGUUUCCCAGGGAUUCAGAAGCUUCCAUUGAUGUUCUUGUGUGUCAUGGAUAUAUUAUAACUCACCCCCAUCCCAAAGAGGAAUUUUCUAAGAUGUUUUGAAAGGGGAGAUGAUUGGAGAAGUUUCUGCCUGAUGUUUAGCUCACACACUUGGCUGUAAAGAUGAAAGCAAUAAAACCAGAUUGUCUAUAUGUGAAA